AUGUGCAAGGAAUUUCUCACCAUUGCAAUAUGCGCCCCCCAGAAGGCUCCAUCCAUGUCCUUCACUUGCGGACAGCUUCAUCUCGUCGCAGAACGACGACAGGUGUGUGACAAGGCCACUGGGGCCUGUCUUUGCUUUGUCGGAACCUGUGGUGUUCUCGAGAGCGUUCCCUCUACCCAAGGACUUCGUAUGUCUUCCGUCAAGUCGAUUAGGUGCGCCGCCUGCACCUCUCGCGAGGAAGAAGUUGGUGAUCGACGGACCAACGAAGAGCUCAUUGAGUCUCCCCUCCUGACUCGAACUGCUAUCAAGUCGUCUGAGCAAAAGAUAAAAUUCGACGAGAUCAUCAAGGAUCUGUGGAAUGGCAAAGAAGAUUGCCCGUACCACGUUCUCUCGACCGUCCGAGAGGGAAGCAACAGCUUUCCCGUCACCAGCAAGAAUCUCUCUGACAUGGAAAUGGACAAAGAAGAGGAUAAGGACGGAGUCGAGAAGUCUCUCACUGCCAGCUCUGGCGAAGAUGCCAUCAGUGACAACGUUUCGGAAGCCUCGAGUAAUGCUACCCACGGCAGCAACGGAAGCCUCAACAGCAAUGCUUCGCAAGAGUCCAAGAAGAAAGACACUAUCGAUCUUGGUCGAAAGGUGGGACUUCAAGCCAGCAUCUGGGCCAACGCUCCCGACAAGUCUCCCAAGGGCAUCAAGCACACGAGCUCCCCUCAAGUCCAAAGCCCAGUCAAGCGACAGAAAGCCGCAACCCCCCAAGGACCCAAGACGCGAAUGAAUCUGCCCCAGAUCGCAGCUGCAAAAAACUUCCUCCGAGAAGGCUCAGCUUGA